AUGCGCCUCCGCUCAUUGCUACCCUUGGCCUUUAUUCCCCUCGCAGCGGCGUGGUCGUGCGACGCCAUUCCGUCUACUGGCGACUUGGAUCUUUCGUCGCUUGGUGGCGUUAAGGUGGCUACCAAGGAGACGGAGACGCCACCUACGAAGAAUACGGCGCGGGUUCGCAUCGACCUGUGCGGCAAGUUGUCCAAGGAAGAUGGAGUCAAGGAUGAGGACCAGUGCCCGGACGGGACGCGUGCAUGUCUCACGCUCAUCAACCAUAAACCCGGAGCGAGCGAUCCGGAUCGUGUGACCACCGUCAUUCCACUCUGGAAAGAGGACACGCCUGAUAGCGACGUGCGCGUCACGGGUCGCGAGGGGGACUGGACGGUGGCUAUCAAGGCGCCAGACUAUGCGGGCACACCCCACGGACUGACCGUCACCCUCACGUGUGCUGAAACUGAGUCGGGGCCCACGCUCGAGUCGUACACUGGCGGCAAGCUUGAGCUGCGCUGGUCCACACCUGCCGUGUGCGCCAACGCGUCUGGCGGAAGCGGAGGCGGAGGCGGCUUCGGGUUCUGGGGGUUUAUCAAGUUUUGCUUCUGGGCAUCGUUCUUCAUCCUCUUCGCGUACUUUGCCCUAGGCGCAGUGUACAACCACCAACAGUACGGCGCACGGGGGUGGGACCUCGUCCCGCACCGCGACUUCUGGCGCGAGCUGCCCGCCCUCAGCCGCGACUUUGGUGGGCAUGUGGUGGGUAACGUGCGCUCAUCGACGGGGCGUGGAGGGUACUCGAGCCUCGGAUAG